AUGUCCGGAAUUGCAAUAGCAAGAUUGGCAGAAGAAAGGAAAGCUUGGAGAAAAGAUCAUCCUUUUGCAUUUGUUGCACGCCCGUGUAAAAAUCCAGACGGAAGUUUGAAUUUAAUGUCUUGGGAAUGUGCCAUUCCUGGAAAAAAAGGGACACCUUGGGAAGGUGGGCAAUACAGAUUAAGAAUGAUAUUUAAAGAUGAUUAUCCUUCAAGCCCUCCUAAAUGUAAAUUUGAACCUCCAUUAUUUCAUCCUAAUGUAUACCCAUCAGGCACAGUAUGUUUAUCACUUUUGGAUGAAGAAAAAGACUGGCGUCCAGCUAUAACUAUUAAACAAAUAUUACUCGGAAUUCAAGAUCUUUUAAAUGAACCAAAUAUAAAAGAUCCAGCACAAGCUGAAGCAUAUACAAUUUACUGUCAAAAUCGUUUGGAAUAUGAAAAAAGAGUGAGAGCACAAGCGAGAGCAAUGGCUCCACAGGAAUAA